CGGAAACGGAACUCCUUUUUCAAAAUUUCCCCGAAUUUUUAGACUAUUUCAGAAAUCAACCAAUGCGACGUCGUUUGGGAUUUACGCUACACACCAUCUUAAACAUUUUGACGCCCGUCGGGGAUUGAAAAUUUUAAUUAACUCAGAAACCCUAAUUUCAGCGAGGUGGUCUGAGUCUCGCUGCCAUCAUUUGUCGCUUUAAAUUAUAAACGCGAUUUCUCCUCCAAUUUCGCUGCAGUUUCAUAUCCCGAAAUUAAUUCAAUCUUUUAACCAAAUAUUAGAAGAAUUUUGAGUCAUCUAUUCGAGAAGGAAGACAAUUUCGGUAUAUACUCCAUAAUCACUGCUCAAUCACAAGUUUGACAGAAGGCUGUAAAUCUUCAUCAAGUGUCAUUCCGUUGCCUGGAGUAAUGCUUUCGCCAGAAGAUGCUGCCUGGGUGGACUCUUGCUUGAGAAAAGACCUCGACAUGCUUGAAGAUGGUUGGAAUUCUCUUAAAGAUACAUUGUUUGUAGCUCUUAACGCACAACAUGAUCCUUCUCCGUAUGAGAGAGAAGAUUCUCCUGAAAGAGCCAAUAUGGAUGUUGUUUCUGAUGAGGACCCAGGUGCUGUUAUAGAUAACCUAGAGGAGGAAACUGUCAACGGUAUUGCAGUUGCAGCCGGUGGUGUGGGUGCUGACAGCGGUCUCCAAAUCCAGUCUCCUCGUUACGACUUUGACAAGACUUUACUACCAAGUCGUUACGACUUUGACAAGACUUUACUACCAAGGCUGUCCAAACUGAUGCAGAUUCAUUACAGUCGAGGUAGAAAUGAUAUUCACAAUUCAGAGAUAACUCCUCUUAGUAUUGCAGACACUAGUGAUCGAGCAGAACCAAGCAGUGAUGGAGUUUCGAACCAUGAGGAUGUUGAUGCCGAUCCUUUUUGGUCAAAGCAUAAGAUGGAAGACAUUUUUCUUCCCACAUACGACGAGAAAUUGAAAGAUCUCCGACUGUCUGAUCCGGAGGUGGAUUUUGUUUUCCAAGAAUCCAAAUCGGAGCAAUCCACUGACGACAUUUUCAAGAUAUGGGAUUUGGAUGGCACACCCGAAGAGAAUGAUCUUGUAAAUCAGCUGAAUAGAGCCCUUGCUGGAAAUCCAGCGCCUCCGUUUCUUGAUGAUUCCGGAGCGGGGUCAGUCGACGACCUCGUUUCUGGAAUCGCAGACCUCUCGUUGAGUCAAACUUGGACCAAGACGAAUUGACGUGAAAAGUUACUCUGCUUCAUCUCAUUACUUUAGGUUUACUUUUUUUGAUGUAGUUUCGGAAGUAAUUGCCUCUCUCGUAUCUUUCUUGACAUUUUGAUGUAGAAUUUGGCCUCUUUUUUUCUGGUGAAAUUAUGCUGUUUUGCCU